GUAGACUUGAGCCAGCAACCGUUCAUGAUGUUGUCUCAACUCACAGCCUGGCUGCAAAACAGCCUCCAGAGUCACCCCCUAACCUAUACUGCUAUUGCGAUCACCAUUUUACUCGGACUUCUGACCCUUCUCCUCAUUUUAAAAUGGACCGGAAACUCGUCCUCAACGCGCAGAAAACUGCGAAAUCUACGCUGGUUGAGGGUACCAUCAAGCAACAUGGCUGAUCAAACCGACCCCCAGUUCGACGUCCCAGAGGGAAGCUCCACCAACGCACCCAUCCGCAUCAAAGCCAUUUUCAUCCACCCUGUCAAGUCUUGUGGACCAAUCGAGCUCGACCAUGCUGUUUUGACCAAGACUGGCUUCAUGUACGACAGGUGCUUUGCAAUUGCGACCGAGGUGGCGAGAGCGGACGCCGAAGGGGGUUCGGUCUGGCGCUUCAUCAGUCAACGGACCAAACCCCUCAUGUCCCAGAUCAAGCCUGAGUUGUGGGUUCCUCAUGAAAAGAGCGACCCUCAAGAUCCCCUGGUUCGCGCGGGAGGAUGCUUGGUGCUACGGUUCCCCGACCCGGAUCCCCCAAGUUGGAUCAACCGCCUUGAAGGCUUCAUUGACUCAGGUCAAACUGCUCAACGAGAGGUGUCCUUCAUAGUGCCUCUCCAACCGACAUCCGAAUUGGUGGAUGAGUACAAGAUCAGAAUGAAGCCUUUUACCAUUCACUCUCGCGAUGCAAAGGGCCUAGAUAUGGGCAGAAUUCCCUCGGUAGCAGCAGCACUUCCCAAGUUGAAGAGGUUCCUCAAAGUCUCGGAUCAACACCUCACCAUCCUAAGAUGCACCCCUGAGACCCUCGUGAGGACCGACAAGAACCUUGCUCCCCUGAAUCACAUCGGAACACCGGCUGUCCAUGGAUAUACGGAUCAGCAACCCAUCAAUAUAAACAGCUUGGCCUCGGUUCACGCCGUCUCGUCAAUGUUGCCGAUAGAGAACCAACCUCUAAACGCGCUUCGAUUCCGUGCCAACAUUUGGAUUACGGGUACUCCAGCCUUUGAAGAAGAGAAUUGGAAACGCUAUCGUAUUCUUCCCAAAAACGCGGGUUCUGAUACACGAACCCAGGUUGCACCGGCGCUGUCUGUUGUCUGUCGAACAUCUCGCUGCACCAUGCCCAACGUGGAUCCUAAUACGGGCAAAUUCGAUACGGAUAAUCCUGCUCCAGAUAGGGCCAGAGGCAGAGCGCAGCCGAGUACGACUCUGGUAAAGUACCGUACGGUUGAGGAUGGGAAUCCUAGGGCCCUUGGGUACUUGGGCAUGCAUUGCGUGCCAGAGGACCAUAGCCUGAACGAAGCAGAGGAUCAAGAUACCGGAUUGUACGUUCAGGUUGGCGACGAGAUUGAAGUUCUUGAAAGAGGGACGCAUCUUUACGGGUCCACGGGCAAUGAUUACUAG